ACCGACGUUAGAUUACCAAUUAUUAGCGGGCAUUAUGAUUAUAAUAUAUUUAAAAUUCUAUUAAAAUUUUUGUUCUGCUCGUACAAAACCAGUGCCCUUCGCUACACAUCAAUUGAAAAGUCCAUUGGUAUUCAUGAUAUUUUGAUCAAUUAUAUACAAUAAUGGAGAAUCCGGCCAAGACGGAGACGUACAUACUUCACGUUCUGAAAGCCAUUGGGGAAACUAAACAGCAGAAAGAUGCUUACAAAAAAGUCGAAAUAUUAAGGAAUUCGACAUCCCAACUAUAUGCGGAAGCUCUUAAAAGUGACGAUGAACGCUUCGCCUGCUCGCUUCUUCGGUGUCAUUUGGAUAAAUAUCAAGAGACGGUAAUUGAUCCAGAUUCGGUAAAUAAUUAUUGCAAAGAAGUAUUGAAUUUACUAGAAACCCGUCCGGAUUGUGAGGAGAUGAAUGAAGCAGAUGUUGAAGAAAUCGCAUUGGGCGAUCCUAUGAGUUAUUUAUCUGGAAGGUUUUGUAAGGGACGCUUCGAAGAUUGCAAUACUUGGGAAAUAGAUGACAGGCUAGCUAGCAAUGUGUUUAAAAAAGAAGCAAUUCUAGAUUCACAUGGCUCUACAAUUAACCCUUCAAAUAAACAAGUAAACCUUCCCAAUGUAACUAAAAUUAAUUCAAAACCAGUUCAAGAUAUUUCGCGCCAAAUAUUUGCCCCGGUAAGGUUUGCAUCUGUAUCCAAAACACCAUCCGCGCCCAGUACGUCAAAAUCAUAUUCUCCAGUUUCAUCAAAGGAAGAAGAUAGCAAUACCAACAAUUUAGCAAUCAGCUCCUUUCGAACGGCCAAAGAUGAGCUAAAAAUUCAAAACGUAAAGAAAUACGGGAACAUAAAUCCACCAAGUAAAACUCCUCUGUUUUCUUAUGGCAAAAAAUCACUUGGCGGCCGUCGUACAUUAGGGAGUAAAUUUGUUUGCCCAGUUCAAAAUGACGAAUCAGAAAAGCCAUCAGCAUGCUCACCAGGUUCUUCUAGUCACAGUCAAAACAGCGAAGAUGAAGAAAUAGACGAUCGUUUGCGGAACAUCGAUCCCAAGAUGAUUGAAUUGAUUCGUAGUGAAAUUAUGGAUCGCCUUACACCUCUUACCUGGGACGACAUAGCUGGAUUGGAUUACGCCAAGACAACUAUUCAAGAAGCAGUGGUUUGGCCAAUUUUAAGGCCGGACAUAUUUACCGGAUUGCGUCGGCCUCCACGAGGCAUUCUUUUAUUUGGGCCACCGGGCACAGGAAAAACGUUGAUCGGAAAAUGUAUUGCUUCACAGUCGAAAUCUACAUUCUUCAGUAUAAGUGCGUCUUCCUUGACAUCUAAGUGGAUCGGCGACGGGGAAAAGAUGGUCAGAGCUUUGUUUGCUGUAGCUACUGUGCAUCAGCCAGCAGUGGUGUUCAUUGACGAAAUCGAUUCCCUUCUUUGUCAGAGGUCGGAAACGGAGCAUGAAAGUUCGCGAAGAUUAAAAACAGAGUUUUUGGUGCAACUGGAUGGUGCGGCUACAGGCGAAGAUGACCGAAUUUUGAUCGUGGGUGCUACCAACCGGCCACAAGAGCUCGAUGAAGCAGCUCGUCGGCGACUCGUAAAACGACUGUACAUUCCAUUGCCAGAACUUUCUGCUAGAGUACAAAUUCUUAUCCGUCUGUUAGCAAAUGAGAAGAACUCACUUUCAUCUGAGGAAAUUGAGGAGAUCGGUCAACUCUCGGAAGGUUUCUCCGGGGCGGAUAUGAAGGUACUGUGUCAUGAAGCUUCAAUGGGACCAAUACGAUCGAUUUCGUUCGAACAACUUGGUGUGAUCGGGAAGGAGGACGUUCGUCCUGUUUGUUAUGCAGAUUUUAAAAAUGCUCUUGGAAGGGUUCGCGCUAGCGUAUCACAGAAUGACCUUCAACAGUAUGUGCAAUGGGAUCGAUUGUACGGGUCGGGUGCUUCCUGCUAACAUAAAUAUAAAGGUUGUUUGAUUAUGUGAUGUACAAUAAAUGUUGAAGUUUGA